ACGUGGGUUCUACUCUAGUAGCCGGCCCCGGGCGCUAUGGCGGGCUCGGCCGCGUCCCGGGUCCGCGCGCUGGUGGACAUGGACGGGGUGCUGGCUGACUUCGAGGGCGGAGUGCUGCGGGCUUUCCUCGCCCGCUACCCCGGGGAACCCCACGUGGAGCUGGCGGAACGCCGGGGCUUCUCAGUCCGGGACCAGUACCGCUGCCUGCGGGAGGACCUGGGGGCUAAGGUAGCCAGUGUCUAUGAGUCACCUGGCUUCUUUCUGGGGUUGGAGCCGAUUCCAGGAGCCAUUGAAGCCAUCCAGGAAAUGAUCCAUAUGCAGGACACUGAAGUUUUUAUUUGCACGAGCCCCCUGCUGAAGUAUGAGCACUGCAUCCUGGAGAAGUACAGCUGGGUGGAAAAACACUUGGGUCCUGAGUUUGUGGAGCGACUGAUUCUGACCUGGGAUAAAACAAUUGUGUCAGCUGACCUCCUGUUCGAUGACAAAGACACCAUUAAAGGUGCAGAGUCUAAGCCGAGUUGGGAACACAUCUUGUUCACUUGCUGCCAUAACAAGCAUCUCGAGCUUCAGACCCCACAUAGGCGGCUGCAGUCGUGGGCCGACGACUGGAGGGGGAUAGUGGAAAGCAAACGCAGAAGUAAUGCGGAAAAAAAAUGCUAUGCUAGUCUCAUUGCCAAUGGAAACGGACAGGUUGGGAACUGGCAACGAAAUCCUGUUUAAAGGAAGUGCACUGAUCUGGGUAGGGGCAGUUUUAAGGGCCAAAGAUAGAAAGCUUAUUUUUUAAGAUCUGUAUCUUUAGACUAUUUGGAGGGAGAAACUCGACAAGAGAUGAACAGCUGCUUAUAACGCUAGGUAGCAUGUUUUGGGUUGGCAGGAAGGAAGGAAGAAGAAAUUAGAAAGAGGAAGCAGGCCUGUAAAACUCCAUGAAAGCACUCUGCCCUCUGUCCCGUCCAC